ACCCGUGUGAGUUCCGGUCUACGCCGGGUGUGAAUGAAUGCGCAUCCUGUGUCAUGUACCGUUGAUGUUUCAACUUCCAGUUGCUGUUGCUGUGCAUCUUUAGCUCACUAACGUUACUGUUUGACUGCAGAGUUGAACAAAACUAGAGACAUGUCUUCAGCACAGACAUUUUCAGACCCAAACCAACACAAGCGUGUAUCUGUUAAGUCCAACCCUGGAUUCCUGGAGCGAUUAAGUGAAACUGCAGGAGGAACAGUUGUUGGUGUCGGACUGUUUUUCCUCUCAAUCUAUGUUCUCUUCACCAAUGAGGGACGGGCUCUGAAAACAGCAUAUUCUCUUGACGAGGGUCUUUCUCAGGUUGUGUCGUUGGAGCCGUUCUCCAGCCUCGACCUGCAGAACAACAAUCGUUUAGUUCACCUGUCUGCAAAGCUGCGCUCUUCACAGCCCCUCCAUGACCCCAAUUACAAAGUGGUGGUGCAGGCAGUGAAGCUGAAGAGGCAGGUGGAGAUGUAUCAGUGGGUGGAGUACCAGGAGAGCAAGGAUUACCAAGAGGACGGCGAGACCAAAACUGAGACGACCUACAACUACAACACCGAGUGGAAAUCGGAGUUGGUCAACAGUCGUCAUUUUGAUAAGGAAAUCGGUCACCAGAACCCAAGUGCCAUGGCGGUUGAGAGUGUGACCGUCGUUGCCUCUGAAGUCGGAGUUGGCCCUUUCAGUCUGUCUAAAGGCCUCGUGGAGCAGAUAAAUAACUUCCAGACGCUGAGUCUGAAGGACUUUUCUGCCUUCAACUUGGACCCUUUUCUCAGCGUGGAUGAUGAUUAUUUCUAUCACACUCAAAACCCACGCAGGCCUGAGGUUGGGGAUGUGCGUGUGAGAUUCUCUUUCGCUGGACUGAGUGGCGAGACGUCUCCUCUUGGCCCGGCUCAAACUGUCAGUAUUGUGGCCAUGCAGAGAGGGGAACAGCUGAUGCCUUUUAAAACCAAGUCAGGAGACACUCUGGAGAUCCUCUACCUGGAGGAGCUCUCUGCAGAGGAGGUGUUUGAGAAGGAACAGCAGUACAACAGCAUGAAGACAUGGGGGCUCAGGGCUGCAGGCUGGACCCUCAUGUUCCUCAGUAUUCAGCUGACCAUGCGCAUCAUCUACACACUGGUGGAUUGGGUUCCUAUUCUCCGAGAGCUCGUGUCCGUGGGGCUGAAGAUCUUUGCCCUGUGCGUCUCCUGCUCUCUGUCCCUUCUCACCAUCGGAGUAGGAUGGUUUUUUUACCGACCAUUAGUGGCUGCGGCUCUGGGAGCACUAGCUCUGCUUCCGCUGUUUCUCGCCCGCUCAAGACUUCCAGCCAAGAAGAACGAAUGACUAUAAAAAAUUCUGAUGCCUGGCUGUAGCGAUUCAUCAGCGAUAAAUGUUCUUUUUGUUCUAAUGGGUACAAUAAUAGUUUUAAUCCUAAAGUGUUCAAGGGGCUUGAUCAUGGCAUCACUUUAUCACCCUGGAGCUAUAUUUAUGAAUAAACCACUGUACAUGGUGUCAGACUCAAGAGGAAGCUGUUGUUGCCUUCAGACCUCAAAUGUUUCCUUUCAAAAGUUCGUCCACCAAUAAAAAUCUUCACGUCCUCCCUCUUGGUCACAGUGAGCAACAAAAGAUUACUACAGUAUCAUAUUGACUGUAAAUAAUCGAACUCUUCAAAUACGUUUCCAGUUCAUUAGGUACACCUAGCUAAAACUAGUGCAGAGUAAUACUGCAGUACAUUUAAACAGUUUUGAAGGUUAUAAUGUUCAGUUCUUGUUGAAUUUGGUUUAGAGGUUUUGAUUCAACUUUGACAAUUUUGUUGGGCUGUAGUUUCUGGUGCCGGUGUUGAACUGUAUUGUGAUACUGAAAGGGAUUAUAACAUUUAGUCUGCACUCAUUGAUAUGAAUGAGGUGGACAAAAUGUUUCAACUAAAGCUGAACAUUACAACCUGCCUUCAUGUUAGUUUAUUAGACGGCAUUAGUUUUAGCGAGGUAUGUCUAACAAACUGACAAGUGAACGGAGUAUGUUCCUAAUGUAAAACACAAGUCCUCUUCAUAUAUAUUUUUUAUUAUCUUAAAUGCUUGAGGGAAAGAUGUGUUGCAUUUUCAACAUAACAUUGCUCAUAUCAGGGAUUUGCUCGUUUAAAAAAGAACUGUUUUAAGGUGACGUGUAAAUAUUGUUGAAUAGUCAAUUUUCAUUUGAAAAAUUAAGAUCAGCGAUUUGUCUAGACCAAAAGACUAAUCUAAUACCAAAGAGCAGAAUCUGUAAUUUUGUUGUGUUUGUUUCCCUGCAUGUUAAAUAAAGCACUUGUUUUACAUUU